AUGCAACACCAUCCAGAGGAUACGCACGAUGCAGCAGGUCAACAGUGGGGUUUUCCUGCCACACACAAUUUCGCGGCUCAUACUACCACUGGAUUUGAAGAAGAGGACGAUGUCAGUGAUGUUGAAGACGAUGACAGUGCUUACGGUUAUGAUGACGACGAAAUUGCGUUCAAUCAGUUCUAUGCACGGAAUCAUUCGAUUUCCGCUGCUCCCGCUGAAAUCACCCAUGAGCGAUUGGAAUGGCAGCAAAUGCUUCAAUCCGUGCUGAUGGGUGAAGUUAUUAAAUCCGAAAAGAAACGACUGUCCAAUACCGAACAUUUGCAACAGCAGAAACCCAUCCAAGAAAUUUGGAUCGCUCUACGAGCUUUGCUCCGCGGACGUACCGUUGCCGAAGAACAAAAAUCGCUUACCGAAGGACGGAAAGAAGUCGAUGACGUGCUCAAAAUGGUGAUGGAUUUCAGAGUCUCUGAUUCCAAUCACCAAGUCGCGCUUCGGGAAGUAGCCGAAGUGUUGAAAAAUGUCGAUCGCAUCGAAUCCUUGUAUCCAACGAGAGCCGAUAUGAUUCAUGCCAAUCCAAAGUACGGAGAACCGGAAUUUCAGACAAGACUGGAUGCUCUCAAUUCGUGGUGCACCAUCACCCGAAGUCUACACAUGCAGUACAAAAUUCUGACCGACUGGACAGGAUCCGAGGAUUUGCAGAUUGCACGCAAACACGAAAUGACCGAUCAGGAAUUGGAGGCUAAGGUCAAUGACGCACCCGUCUCACCUUACCUGCACGUCCAGCGCACAGACCCGUCGUUUGUGGAACGUUUGCUGAAAGAAUCCGCCCUGCAAGACACGUUUGAUCGACGUACCUUGUCGGCUCUUUACUUACUUUUGAGCAAGUCCAAGCAAACCAUGGUAGCCAACAGCAGCCUGUUUGAAGAAAUGAAUUUGCCUCCUUUCAUCUCCCAGCUUCAGCAAUUGGCCUCUUUUCCCAGUACUCUCGUGGAAGAAGCACUCAAACUUCGUCUGGAAUACAAGGAUCGCAUGAAUCAACCACCCAAACAGAUGGUCGAUGCCAUGAUGGAAGAUUAUCGAGGUCUGCUCACCUUGGGAUGUCGCGUCAAAUACCACUACGAAGAAUUAGCCCAACCGGCACCUGGGUGGAAACUCAAAUCCAAUGCUCAUACCGAUGAAUGCUACGAUGCGGUUUUGCUGGAAUCGGCGCGUUUCUACUUUAAACUGAUCAAUUGGAAGCUUGCCAUGGAAAAUGAAAAUAGUCUCAAGGAAUGUGAGAUACUGGACAAGGAAUGGGAGUUCUUGAAAGGCACCGUAUGUCAGGCCAUAGAAAAAGCCAACUGGGAAUGUGCCGUUCAGUUUUGUUCGUUAACCAAUAGCUUAUUGGGCGAUGUCAUGCGCGAUUAUAUUUCCAAUCUCAAAAUUCAACCGGAAUCCGUCGAAGGAGGCAUUGAAAUCAAAUACACCAAUCUCUUGCAUACCAUGCGUAUGCGUGCUCGUAAAUUACUCCAGUUUGCAAGAUUUUUCAUGGGUCAAUUCGAAAAUGCAGCGGAAUACAUGGUGGACACGGAGCAUUUGGAUCCGUUUGAAGAAAGGGUCUACAUUAUUGCUUCACCUAGCCUGUAUGGACGACCGGACGAUAUCCGAAAGCUAACUCAAGCAUGCUUCGCAUGUGAUAAAAAUCUCGCCAUUCCCGAUAUUCCCAUGACGAACAGUGAGUCCGACGAUUACCUGUUGAUUUUGUCCCCUUGGCAAGAUAUCAUGUGGACGGGCGAAGUGGUGGAUGUGGAUAUACCAUACGUUCAUCUCGGACUUAAGACCAAACGUGUACGUCUCGUGACAGGGGAUGCCAAGAAUCUUCAGCUGGCCAAAUCCGGUUUCUGGGGCGCCGUCCAGCAUUCAGGAAUCGAAGUCAUCCAAGAACAUCGCGCGCAUAUGCCAAAGAUCAACAAGGAACUCUACAAGAUCAAAAUGACGGUAUUCAAGCUGGCCGAUUCGACCAUUUCCAGCGUUGGUACCAUUCGCGAGCAAACGCAAGGUUUGAAGUGUCAAGAGUUGGUGGAAGAGUGCUUCAGCUUUGCCAGUGAUUUCGGAAUUCGAACUGCCCGAUUUCUGGAAUUGGCAGUUCGUUUACAAAUGGACUUGAAACUUGUGCGACUGGCGAUCGACUGGAUUUGCUUCAUCACAGACGAUUGUAACCCUUCGGAUCGGAAAACCUUCCGAUGGGCGGUCGCGGCUCUUGAAUUCGGUCACAUGAUGACACGAGGUGUCAAUAUCCUGGCCCUGAAUGAAGGCGAAUUUGCGACACUGCAAACCAAGGUAGCACGGUGCAUAGCGCUCCUUAUAUCUCACUUUGAUGUGCUCGGUACACGGUGGACAUAUGAACUGCAAAAGGAAGAGCAGCAACGUCGACGUGGUGUGACAUCCAAGCGUAAUUCGUACAUGAGUCGUUACGCCGAUGAUAAGGAUAAUAUCACCACCAGCUCUACGUUUGGUGCGGCCAAUGAUACGGCAUCGGCUUCCGGGGGUGGUAUUACCUAUAUCCGUGAUGAAUGGAUGCGAAAAAUCACAGAACUGGAAGAGCAGCGCAAUGCCCAAGAACAGGAACGAAAGAUUGUGGGCAAAAUCUUGGACGAUCAAAAACCGGAAGACCAAUCCCUCGUGUUCUUAGCGCCUUCUUCUUCGAAUAUUUCCUUCCGAUGGCAGCAAGGCAGAUUUAUCGGUGCUGGCACGUUUGGAUCUGUUUACUUGGCCAUUAACCUUGACACUUCGUCCGUCAUGGCCGUCAAGGAGAUUCGAUUCCCAGAUUCCAGCGCCUUGUCCACUUUACAUAAAGCGAUCAAGGAAGAAAUGAAAGUCAUGGAAAUGCUCAACCAUCGUAAUAUUGUCCAGUAUUUCGGUAUGGAAGUCCAUCGUGAUAAGGUGUACAUAUUUAUGGAAUACUGUGAGAACGGCAGCUUGGGCUCGCUUUUGGAACAUGGUGGUCGUAUCGAAGACGAGCUUUACAUUGUGGAUUACGCGUAUCAACUGCUGAGCGGACUUGCCUAUUUGCACGAGAACAACAUUGUCCAUCGUGACAUCAAACCGGAUAAUAUCUUGAUUGAUUAUGAAGGACAAUUGAAGUUGUCCGAUUUUGGUGCAGCCAAAAUUACCGCCAAGGGGCAAAAGACGAUGGGUCGUACCACCAUGAACAUGAAUGUCAACAGUUUAGCUGGUACUCCCAUGUAUAUGGCACCGGAAGUUAUUACGGGAGGAGACACGGGACGGAAAGGAUCCAUGGAUAUCUGGUCAUUAGGUUGUUGUAUUGUCCAAAUGGCCACUGGACGCCGACCAUGGAGUACGUUGGAGAACGAAUGGUCGGUGAUGUAUCAUGUGGUGACGGGCCAUCCACCGUUACCGGAUCCUUCGCAGUUGUCAGCUUCAGGCAUUGACUUUUUGAAAAAGUGCUUUACCCGAAAUCCUAUGAAGCGACCGACGGCCCAUGAAUUGCUGGACCAUCCAUGGAUCCAAGAAUAUUUAAAUAGCUAUAAUGGGGAGGAAACGCAGUUACCGCCGAUCACGGAAGAUGAUCACGCCAUGGAAAGCUAUCGUAGUCAAGAAGAGCCGCCCACUUCCAUCCGUUCGUUUGACCGUCCCUUGGUUCGAAGUAUCAACAACACUUCGAUGAUCGAAGGCAUGGCCGGCAGUUUUACUAACAGUGCGCAAGCACAGACCUAUUUCAGGGAGGUGGCGGCGCAGAACACGAAUGACAUACCCUGUCGAGGAAGUCAUUGA